CUACAACUCUCUUCCUAUAAAUUAGUAACACAUAAUUAGAUGUUCAUGGAGCUUGCUCUGUUUUCUAUUAAGCUAACAAUCAUGGCAACUUCAGUUGCAGCUCAAGCAAAACCUGGCUGCCAAAUCCACUGCGGUAAUAUCACCAUCCCUUACCCUUUUGGAACAGGCAGUGUUGAAUGUUACAUCAAUGAGAGCUUUUUCAUUCGUUGUAACACCAGUUUCCACCCCCCGAGAGCGUUCUUAACCACCACCGAUAUCGAAGUUCUCCAUGUCUCCGUCGAUGGUUAUUUGCGAAUCCGAUAUCCUGUAGGCUACGACUGUUAUAAUUCAUCGGGAAGUAGCAGCUAUUUCAAUGCGGGGUUCACGCUCGGAAAAUUCUACAUAUCUCACACGAGAAACAAGUUCACGGCCAUCGGCUGCGACACCUACGCUUACGUCGAGGGUUUCGUCGGGCGGACGUACUCGACCGGAUGCGUGUCGUUUUGUUACGACGAGGCAGAUGUAGUGAACGGAUCGUGCUUCGGCAUCGGCUGCUGCCAGACAGAUAUCCCUAAAGGAGUGACGGAUUAUAGAUUAAGUUUCGAUAGCUAUUGGAGUCAUUCCAAAGUGUUGAGCUUCAAUCCUUGCAGCUAUGGAUUUGCAGUGGAAGAUGGAGUCUAUGACUUCUCUCUAUCACAUUUUCUCGACCAUAAUUUCAGCAAAAAGAAGUUCCCCAUUAUUAUUGAUUGGACAAUUGGGAACGAAAGUUGCAGAGAAGCUAGAAUGGAUCCACAAAAUUAUGCUUGCAAGGAAAACAGUGCUUGUAUAGUUCCAGAAAAUGGUGGUGGAUAUUUGUGCAGGUGUCUUCAUGGUUUUCAGGGUAACCCUUACCUCUCCCAUGGCUGCCAAGAUAUUAAUGAAUGCGAGACACUAAAGCCUUGCAGCAAAAUAUGUCAUAAUGUUGUUGGAAGCUAUAGUUGUUCAUGCCCGGAGGGUUUUGACGGUGAUGGCCGGAGAACGGGAACGGGCUGCACCCCUAAAGCCAAGCAGCGUUUCCCCAUUGUUGCCGGUACACUAGGUAUAUGCAUAAGCCUCUUAGUUUCACUCCUAUGCUGCUCAUGGGUGUAUUUGGGGGUCAGGCAGAGAAAGCUCAGCAAACUAAAACAUCACAACUUCCAGCAAAAUGGUGGGAUUUUGUUGCGGGAAAAGCUUUCGGAAGGUGAAGAGUACGGUGCGACGGCUAGAAUCUUCACGGUCGAUGAACUCAAGAGAGCGACGAACAACUACCACCAGAGUCGAAUCCUCGGACAAGGAGGUCAGGGUACUGUUUACAAAGGAAUAUUGCCCGAUGGUCGUAGCGUCGCCAUAAAAAAGUCGAUCAUCGGAGAUCAAAGCCAAGUUCAAAUAUUCAUUAAUGAAGUCAUUGUGUUAUCCCAAAUCAACCAUAGAAAUGUGGUGAAACUCUUUGGAUGUUGUUUGGAGGCACAAGUCCCUUUGUUAGUCUAUGAAUAUGUAAGAAAUGGAAACCUCUUUGAUCAUUUGCACUGCACGGAUCAUGCAUCGGUUAUACCAUGGGGAGCUCGGUUGAAAAUCGCCACGGAAGCGGCUGAAGCCCUUUCCUAUUUGCACUCUGCGGCGGCUCCGCCAAUCAUUCACCGCGACGUCAAGUUGACCAACAUACUUUUAGACGAGAACUACAAUGCUGAAGUAUCCGAUUUCGGCGCUUCAAGAUUGGUCCCUUCGAAUAAAGAACAUAUAACAACACUUGUGCAGGGAACACUAGGCUACUUGGAUCCCGAAUACUUUUAUACAAGUCAAUUGACGGAAAAGAGUGACGUCUAUAGCUUUGGGGUUGUUCUCGUGGAAUUACUAACCGGUUUGAAAGCGGUUUCGUUCGACAGGCCAGAACACGAGAGGAAUUUGUCUCUGUACUUUGAUUCUGUGAUGCAAGAGGAACGAUUGCUGGAUAUUAUCGAUGGACGAAUAGUGGACGAUAGAAACAUUGAGCAGCUCAUGGAAGUGGCAACUUUAGCUAGGAGAUGCGUGAGAGUGAAGGGAGAAGAAAGACCAACUAUGAAGGAAGUUUCGUCUGAAUUAGAAGGAUUGCGGGCAAUGGUGAAAUUCCGACGGGAAGAAGGUGACUUAUACGAGGUAGAGUUUGAAGAACUGCUUCAUGACUUCUAA